AUGGCACAGGAUGCCUUGGAUCUAUCGGGUUUACAGACCGAGGCAAUCAAUGAACGCACCAGCAAUAUCGACAGGGUUUCGACUCUGCAGAUGUGCACCAUGAUCAAUGAUGAAGACAUAACAGUCGCUGGAAGUGUUACAGCAUGCUUGGAAGACAUUGUGCUUGCAAUAGACCUGUUAGUUCCUCGUGUACGCGCUGGCGGGCGAGUGAUAUAUGUCGGAGCAGGAACUAGCGGCAGGUUAGGAGUACUGGACAGUUCCGAAAUACUACCUACCUUUGCGGCACCCCCGACACAAUUUGUCGGUUUGAUUGCUGGAGGAGAUGCCGCCAUCCGCAAGGCACAAGAAGGAGCAGAGGACAGCAUCGCAGCAGGCAGGGACGAACUUACCGCCAUGAAUCUUAAUGGUGAACAAGACAGCAUUAUCGGAAUUGCGGCGUCCGGCCGCACGCCUUACGUCCUUGGUGCGCUCGAGUAUGCAAAGAGCUUGGGCUGCCUCACUAUUGGAGUUGCAUGCGUAUCGCCGUCAGAAAUAGGUCAAUCCGGCAACGUUGAUAUUAUGAUUGCACCUUUACCUGGCCCAGAAGUCAUCACUGGGAGUACGAGAUUGAAGGCCGGAACUGCCACGAAGCUGGUAUUGAAUAUGCUGAGUACUGGCACUAUGAUCAAGGCUGGUAAAACAUAUGGGAACAUGAUGGUCGAUCUUAUCGCAUCAAAUCAGAAACUCAAGCAAAGAUCGCGGAAUAUCCUCCGGAAAGUUAGUAGACGAUGCUCAACUAUGACUGAUCAAUACUUGGAUGAUCUGCUCGCCCGUUGUGGUGGUAGAGUCAAAGUUGCACUUGUUGUCGCAGAGAAAGGGAUCUCGGUAGAAGAAAGCCGGGAGCAGCUUGAAAUGGCUCAAGGUGUUCUCGCCAAGGUUAUCGCGACCGAGGAUGAGGCUCCAGUCAAGACACCUCUGAUAAAUGGAUUUAAACACCGUCGGUCUGUCCUGUGUAUUGAUGGUGGAGGGUCGAAAUGUGCCGCCGUGGUAGGAGAUACAGGCGGGGAUUUGGGGAAAGGCGUUGCUGGACCUUGUAAUCUGACGGAUGGCAAUUUCGAGGCCUCGGUGGAUGCAAUAGUCAUAGCUGCACGAGAGGCAUUCAGGAACAUUGGCAAACCAGCGAACCGCAUUAACGGCAUCAAUGGCUCAACAGAUUCACACCAGUCAACCAUUACAAAUCACGGCCAGUCAUUGGAUUCAAUCUGGAUCGCAAGUGCCGGAAUGGACCGUCCAGGGAUGCGAGAACGUGUGCAAGCAGCAGUGGCACAGAAUCUCAAUCUGAAUAAGUCGAUUCAAAUGCGGAUAACCAACGACGUUGACCUGCUAGCUGCAGCUAUGGCACGCCACCCAGAAAUCUCCUCGAGCUUGGUCGUCAUAGCUGGCACAGGUAGCAUCGCCAUUCGUUAUGCUUAUAACAACGAUGAUUUAGUGCCAAGGCGCGUUGCACGCGCUGGCGGAUGGGGUCAUCUUCUUGGAGACGAAGGAGCCGGAUAUGCAAUUGGAAGACAAGCCAUCCGGAAAACCUUGUUCUCACUAGACGAUAUCAAACUUUCUCAGCGAAAAUCCGGCCUCAGCUCGCUAGAAUUGAAGGUGGUGAACUUCUUCUCUAAGUGCUCGUCUGAAGCAAACCAUGAUGUUCUGGAUAUCGACCUCCUGAGCAACGUCCUGAUGGCAAGCGAUGACAAAUCCGCCAAGAGCCGAAUCGCAGGCGUCGCACAAACAAUUCUGGAUUCAGCUGGCUCUGGAGAUGCCGAAGCAGUGGAAAUCAUUGCUCAACAAGUAUCCGGUUUCGUCGACAACACUCUAUCUCGUCUACUUGACCCUCAAUCGCAUGGUUAUAUAGACCCGUCAAAAUGUGGUCUCAUCCUCUCUGGAGGAGUGAUGCUUCACAGUGUUUAUCAAACCAUAUUUCAGCUUGCCCUAGCGAAACGAAGCAUCCGAUUUAGCUGUACGGAAGCUGUCCCCAAUGCGGCGCUGGUCGGUGUCGAAUACUUACUAGCAUCGCAUACACUUUGUCCUCGACAGAAUGGCGUAAUAUAA